AUGGCGAAAGAGUUGCGAAAGGCAGAGUCUCCCAUCUCUGGAGACGUAGAGUUCAGAGAGACUCGCGAGGGCUUACUGCCUGGCUCUCACACGUCAAGUGAUGUUGAGGAUGUGUUUGAGAGGGACCUCAACGUCACUGAGGAUGACCUCCUCGAAGCCAGAGAGGUCGCGGCCACAUUAUCUCUCCAAGAUGUCCGCAAAGUGAGACCAUCUCAUUCUAUUUUGGUCGGCAACGAAGACAUCUUCACCAACCCAGCCAACCACCAAAAAACAAUCCAAGAAAUAAAAAUCCAAGCAUCCCUCAUAACAAACAACUCGCCCUACUCCGAAGUCCGCGCCGUAGUCGACAACCGCGACGACCCAUCAAUGCCAUGCUCCACCAUCAGGGCCUGGUUCAUGGGCCUCAUCUUCUCAGCCGCCAUCGCCUUUGUGAAUGGCUUCUUUGAGAUGCGUCAGCCGCCUAUUGGUGUUUCUGCCAUGGUACCGCAGCUGCUUGCUUACCCGUUUGGAAAGUUUCUGGAAAAGACGUUGCCUGAUGUUGGCUUUACUGUCUUUGGUGUAAGGCAUAGUCUUAAUCCUGGGCCUUUUAAUAGAAAGGAGCAUAUGCUGAUAACCAUCAUGGCGAGUAUUUCUGUUGGGGCGCCAUAUACGAAUUAUAUCGCCUGGAUACAGUAUCUUCCUUUCUUCUUCAACCAGCCCUGGGCCAACAGCAUUGGAUAUCAGAUCCUCCUUGGUUUGUCUGCCAACUUUAUCGGUUAUGGUCUCGCCGGCCUCUGCAGACGCUUCCUGGUCUAUCCAUCAUACUGUGUAUGGCCAUCAAGUCUCGCCAUCGUCGCCUUGAACACUGCCUUCCACGGCGAGACCAACGCCCCCGUUCUAGGACCUUUCAAUCGCAUUUGGCACAUGUCUCGCCUCAAGUUCUUCAGCAUCGCCUCCGCCGCCAUGUUUUGCUACUUCUGGCUUCCCAACUACCUCUUUGCUGGUUUGACUUGGUUCAGCUGGAUGACGUGGAUUGCCCCCAACAACCGCGACCUGGCCAUCAUCACGGGAGGAUACACAGGACUCGGGUUGAAUCCAUUCUCGACGUUGGACUGGAACGUGGCUACUACCAUGGUCAACCCCCUCGUUAUUCCCAUCCACACAACCAUGAACGUCCUUGCUGGAGCCUUGUUGAGCUUCUGCGUUCUCGUCGGUAUCUACUAUGGGAAUGCCUACUCCAUGGCCUAUCUCCCCGUCAACUCGAACCGCGUGUUCGACCACUUUGGCGGGCUGUACAAUGUGUCGUUCAUCCUUGACCACCGUGGACUAUUCGACGCCGAAAAGUACGAGGCAUACUCUCCCGCUUUUCUCUCUGCCGGCAACUACAUCAUGUACCUGUUCUUUUUUGCAGUUUACUCAGCCGCCAUCACAUACGGUGUUCUAUAUCAUCAUCGACAUAUUGCCAUGGGCUUCCGAGACCUGAUCAAUAGUUUUCGUCCGUCCAAGAAGCAGGAAGUUGAGUCUGAGCAGGUGCUCGACGUGCAUAACCGCCUCAUGAAGUCUUACCCCGAGGUGCCAGAGUGGUGGUUCAUGAUAUGCCUCGCUUUCGCUUUCAUCGUCGGCAUAGUCGCCAUCACUCAGUGGCCUACUCAUACCUCACCAGCUGUGGUACCCUUCGGCGUUAUUCUUACUCUCAUAUUUAUCGUGCCUAUUGGCAUCAUCAGUGCCACAACCGGCAUCGAGGUGCCCCUGAAUGUUCUAUCCGAGUUCCUCGGUGGCUCCUUUGUCGAAGGAAAUGCCCUCUCGCUGAGUCUCUUCAAGGCAUUUGGCUACACCACCUGCACUCACGCAAUUCACUUUAGCGUCGACAUGAAAUUGGCUCACUACCUCAAACUCCCGCCACGGUUCACGUUUUGGGCGCAGAUGGUCCCGACUCUUGUCUCGACCUUUGUAUAUGUCGGUAUUCUUCAGUAUCAGAUGCACCUGGAGAACAUUUGCACGCCGAAUGCGCCGUACCGCUUUACUUGCCCUAGUCUCAACAGCUUCUUCACGAGUGCCGUUCUCUGGGGAACCAUUGGACCUAGAAAGUUGUUUGGGCCUGGAGGACAGUACGUCGAGACUCUGGUUGGCUUCCCAGUUGGUGUGCUCGUGGUGGUGAUUUUCUGGUGGCUUGGAAAGAAGUAUCCCAAGAACAGGAUCAUCCGGAGCACGCACCCAGUCGUUCUUCUCAAGGGCGGACAUGUCUGGGCGCCGUAUAACAUUGGCUACCUCUUGCCCGCUGUGCCUAUCGCCUGGUUCUCCUGGAUGUACAUCAAGAAGCGAUAUCUCGGUCUUUGGGCCAAGUACAACUACAUCCUGGCAGCCGCAUUUUCUGUUGGAAUUGCCCUCUCGGCCCUCAUCACCUUCUUUGCUCUUCAGUAUAACGGCAUCAAGCUUGACUGGUGGGGGAAUAGGGUCCCAUUCCAGGGCUGUGAUGGCACCAGUUCGUGUGUGCUAAAGUCGCUGUUACCGGGGGAGUAUUUUGGUCCUCGAAUUGGAGACUUCCAUUGA